AUGACCGUCUGUACCAUCUGGUGUGCUGUUUCUACCUCGUACAACUCGGUACUGGUUGCAAGGUUGUUUCAAGGUAUGGGAGCCGGUGCCUCCGAGUCCGUAGCGCCGGCCUUGGUUGGCGAGGUUUUCUUUGUUGAUGAGCGUGGACGUGCAAUGCACUCUGACUCGCCACGAAAGGCUAUCUACACAGUCUUCCUGUCUGCGGGCUCGCUUGUCGGAGGCAUCGCUGGCGGUUACAUUGGCUUUCAGCUAGGCUGGACCUACAUCUUCUGGAUCGGAGUCGGAAUUUCUGCCGCUUGCUUUGUCGGUACUCUUUUUCUUGUACCGGAGACACUGUACAAUCGAGUUGCCCCGCCCAUAGGAUCCCAGGCCGGCUCCACAAUCGACGACAAGGGGAUGGAAACUCACGUUGAGGAUUCCAGAAGCCAAAUCUUAGACUAUCGCCCAUUUACCUAUGGAAGGUCCCUUGGCUUCACCCACUAUCGCGGCAAUGUGGUUGGCAACUUCCUGGCACCAUGGAAGACGCUCAGACUUCCUGGUACUUGGGUUGUGAUGUUCCACUACGCUGGCCUCGUCGGUGGAAUCGUCACAAUGAGCACCGUUGGCCCUCAACUGGUCGCCGCACCCCCAUACCUCUGGGGAUCUAACGUCGGACUGAUCAAUGUCGGAGGAAUGAUCGGCACCAUUGUGGGGGCCUUGUACACCUAUCUUCUCUCCGACUCCCAGCUCAAGAAGAAAGUCAAGACUUCUGGCAACGGUCUUGCGGAAGCAGAAAGCAGGCUUCCGACCAUGUUUCUAUCUCUAUUCAUUGCAACCGGUGGUUUCUUCGUCUUUGGAUUUUCUGGCCAAUACCCAUCUAAGAACGGCUGGGUGGGUCUCUCUUUCGGCUAUGGUAUGGUUUCCUUUGGGCUGAUGCAGCUACCCUCCGUCGGAUUCAACUACCUUAUCGACUCCUAUAAACAACACGCAGGCGAUUGCUUCGUCAUGGUAACUAUCAUGCGAGCCAUCAUUGCGUUUGCCUGGACCUUUUUUGUUGCCGACUGGGUCGAGAAGACGGGGACAGCGGAGCCGUUUGGCAUAUUCGGAAUGCUCAUGGGAAUCUUCGCUCUCCUAACCAUUCCCCUGUGGUUGUUUGGUAAGAGGAUGAGGAUUGCGACGAGAAAGUAUAUCGAGGAAUAG